AUGUUACAAGUCAUGUUGUCGAAUUCAACAUCAUUAAAUACGAUUGCUUGGCUUAACAGUAUGAAUGUACAAUUGAAUCGCUAUCUUCCAUUGCCAUUUCUCGUACUCGGUACGAUUGGUGUAAUUUUAAAUAUUAUUAUAUUCACUCGUCGAAGUCUUGUCAUCAAUUCAUGUAUACAUUAUCUUUUGGCAAAUACAGUAGCCAACUUUAUUGUACUCUAUUGGGUUGUUAUUACACGAAUCAUGUCCGAUGGCUAUAAAAUCGAUCCUAGUAUUACAUCGGAUGUAUUUUGUAAAAUGAAAUAUUUUCUUACCUAUGUUUCACGAACACUCUCAACAUGGUUCCUCUUAUUGGCCUGUAUUGAUCGGUGGGCAUCGAGUCCAGCUUUGAUGAUGUUGGCCUUUGGUUUAGCUACACUUCGCAAUCUUCGACAAACUCAUCGACAAGUUUUGUCAAAUGGUACACAAACUACUAAAAGUACUGCACGACGUGACCAUCAAUUGUUUGCAAUGCUUAUCAUGCAAGUGGCUUUGAUCAUUGUCUUCACUGCUCCAUUUGCUGGUCAAAAAUUAUAUGACACAUUUAUGCUGAAUGUGAAAAAAUCUCCCCUAGAAAUUGCGCAGGACAAUUUAUAUGCAGCAAUUGUACGUAUUUUAUCAUAUGUUCCAGUCGAUUCUACGAGUGGUUCAUCGUUAAUUAUGCCUCCCAGAAAAGGAGGAACUAAUUUAUCCAAACAAGGACAAAUUUAUAUUAAUGGUGAAAAUGUAAAUCAAGGUCAAACAGCAGUAGCUGAUGUUGGAGGAACAAUGGCGAUGAGUCAUAUUCCGAGAACAAAGGCCUCUGCUACAACAAAGACUUCUUCAGGAACAAAGGCUGGCCUGAUAAAGCAAUCAAAUUUCAGCAUUGCUCCUCUAAUUCUAGAGGGUGUUAAGCUACAUAAAUUACAAUUAAAUGAUGUUAUCAAACAGCAUCUAAAGGACUUACGAAUAUCUGAUAUUCAGCUAAGUCGAUCAGGUCACUUUACAAUAUAUGCAGCUGAUGUUAGCUCGUUUAAUCGUCUAUUAAAUGAGUUAACACCAAUACUUGCAACAAAUGGACAGGCUACAGCUAAAAUAUAUGUGCCCCGAUCCAUUCAACGUAUUAAAGAUACGGAAAAAGUCGCAUUUGUUAAAAAUGUCGACAUAGAAAUUCCUGAAGGUCGAAUAACUGAAGCAUUAAAGGACGUUGGACUUGAUGCUAUUGAUGUUGUUCGACUAAUGAAUAAAACUAAAAAUGUUCCUACUAGAACGAUCAAGAUUACAUUUAGUGAUCCACAUAAUCGAAAUACAUUCGUCCAUACUGGUUUACAAGUGGACUCAAUGCAUUUCAUAGCUGAAGCAGCAAAUCAAAACACCAAACCUGUACAAUGCUUUAUAUGUCUGCAAUACAAUCAUGUGGCAAAAUACUGCAAAACGAAACAGCAGAUAUGUGCUAGAUGUGGUGAAACUCAUCGCAUUGAACAAUGUACUGCUGCUAGUGAUUUAAUAAAAUGCUGCAAUUGCAAAGGAAGUCAUAUAGCAACAUCAAAUGAAUGUGCAACUUAUAAGGAACAGGAGAAACGAAUUAAAAAUUUAGUUAAUCAAUAUUCAUCUCCGAAUACACCAACAACAUCAGCUCCAGCCAUUCAUGACUUAAACGAAUUUCCAUUGCUACCAAACCUCUUACAACGUCAACAAGAACACAUUCAUAAUGAAUUAUUCGAUGAAAUUAUUAAUGUAUUAAGCAGCAAAAUGGAAAAGAUUAUCGAAGAAACAACCAGCCGACUAUUCCAGAAGCUACUUAAGAAAAUCAAGAAGAUCGAAACAUUCAUCGAAACAUAA